AAAAGCAUUUACCAAAUGCGUAAAAGUAGCAGAAUUAGGAAACGUUGAAAUUGCAAACGGAACCUUUGUUAAGUAUUUUAGUUCCAAACGGAAGAUUCUUUCUGCUGCACUGUUUUGAUGUGAAGAAUCGUGAACGUGCGAGAGGCAUGAGUGAAUCCCGUUACAGUAGAUCAUGAUGUAAACCAAACCCUUAAAUCUGCAGCCAUGGAGUUAAAAUGGGAUGACCCUCCUGUCACUGGACCUGUUGUGUUCUCUAGGGAUGUCUUUGACAAGUUCACGUUAGCACCUACCAUUAAAGAAUUGUACGCUUUUGUGCAAAGCCCUGAUGUAAAACCUGAGGAAACAUGGGAUAAAAAUCCAGAAGUAACCUUAUCACAACCAAAAUCUGCAAACUGUGAGAAAGAAGAUCCACAAAACAGCACCAAUAACAGCAAUGGCUCAGUUGAACCAAUGCCUGACAGUAACCAGAGUCAAAAUGAUGAUAAACCCACACCUGUGAAGACUAAGGACAGUACAGCUUUUCCUGAACCUGUUGUGCCCUACCCAUGCUACAGCACGUUACACGCAAGACAACGCAGGUUUUAUUUGAACAUGUUGAAAAACAAGAAUUUUAGCAAAGCUACACAGCUUUUGUUGGAGCGUGUAAGCAACGAAGUAUCCGAGUUCAUGAAGUACCUGCAGGAUGUUUCAAGAAAAUGUGCAGAUGCCUACAACUAUAUAUCACCAGGUGGCAUUCGCUACUGUGAGGAAUAUUUUACAGCCUGCUUGGAACAUAUGAAAGGCUACCCCCAGUCUUACAGCAUCCAAGAAAUGACCAGCCUGACCGGUGGAAAAUUUGUCUCUGAAUUAUCCCUAAACUUUGAGAAACAGCUCCUUGCAAUGGGAAAAAUCGAUAUGGUGGAGAAAAAAGUAAUGCCAGAACAUACCCGCCUUGCAGGUGAUUAUGAGACCGUCUCAUCUGUGAUUCCUCCAGCUAAGAAAGCUAGCGCUCUACACACUCCCAUCAGCAGUGACAGUAAUGCAGAAAAACUCAGCGCUACCUACGAACCACAUGUGUGUCUUUCCAAAGAAGCAUUCCUUCAGCUCGUGAACAACGACCCUGAGUUCACUGAUGCAUGGGAGCUGCCUGUUUGGGUCAAAAUGAACACUACAAGAGGUAGUGGUCAGAGUAAAACGGCAUACAUAGAUCCUCCACUCCUGAAGACCGAGAUGAGCUUGAGAGAGAGAAAUCUGAUGUUUCACGAGGAGAGCGUAAAGCUUGCAAUUAGGAAGACUGUAAGACGCCCAAUAUUCUUCCUUACGUCUGAAAACCACUCCUUCGGAAAGGACCCUCCACCUGAGGAAAAAAUCUCUAGGAGUGUGGUUGCAUUUGACAAUGCCGGCAUGGACUUCGAAACCGAUUUUACAGACCUUGAGUCAUUCGGGGAGUCCUGCAAGACCACUGCAAAAGUAAAGGCACAGAAUGAACCAAAAACAGCAUUUGUUCCCAUUCAGCUCAUGUCAAGCCCAAAGAAACCGACAAGCUCUCUGAAUCCAAGCGUGGACAGGUCAACAUCUCAGGACGGUCCCAAAGAACCCCUUAAUACUACACCAACUAAGGUCCAGAGUGAAGCUGACGUGUCUUCGGCUGAUGGACGAAACAGUAUAUUGGAUGAAAGUGUGGCUUCUGAGGAGGAACUUGUGAAGGAAGAAAAGAUAGAAGCGCUGGUUUCAGGUCAGUUCCAACCCACCAAAAAGCUCAGAAGAAUGAUCAACCAGGAUUCAGACUCUGACGAGGACAAGCUGGUAAUAGAUCAGUUUGCUUCCCCGAAAACCCAGGGAAUCGCUCAACAAACGCCCGAAGUGUCCUCACCUCAAGCACUCGACCUAUCCAGGGCAACGACAGAAAACUCUUUGGGCAAAGGAAUAAAGAAGGCCAUUAAAAGGCCAAGAAUUUCCGGGGAAUGCGAUCAGCUUGGUCAGAUUUUGCGGAUGCAGGACGCUAUGAUGAAAGCCACUCCCGGUAAAAACCAAGAACCACAAAAAGUACCGGUGGCAGAAGAUAAACCUACAGAACAAAGAACGUACUCUCUGGUCAAACCGUGUGUCACCUCAUACCUGGAGUCCAGAGAGGGUCAGGGCGAGGAGACCACAGCGUCUACUGCAGUUCCUGUGCUGGCGGGCGCUCAGAAAAAACGCCUUUUAAAAGAGGAUCUUCAGGUGAGUGCAGAGGAUGAGCUUGACUUUGAUCCUCCAGCAGAGGGCAGCGUUCUGUACAAACUUUACAGCCUGCAGGACAUUCUGCUCAUGGUGCGGAGCAGCGUGCCGAUCGCUCACCCGAGACACGACCGAGGGAACUUCAGGGCUGUCCCAGUCCACGUUUUACCCAAACUGGAGUAUCAGCUGUGUUACGGAGCCGAGAGUCUGACCCAUACGGAGGCCUGUCAGCUGUGGGCCGAGAAACUUCUUCACUCCAGCACCGCUUCUUUCAUAAGUCGCAUUAAUGCACACACAUCAGAAGUUGCUGAGAUACAGGAGCUACAAGCUGACUGGAUGCAGAGCAUCACCUGUAAUUUCAAGCCAGCAAGAUGUUUAAACAUCCUCUAUCACUUACUUAAGAAAGUCUCAACGCUUCAGGAAGGGCGAUACCUGCUGGUUCACAAACCUCGCGAGGGCUUCGUGACCAUCUUCAAAUCAACCGACGGGAGCAAGACCCAUCGCAGCGUGUACCACCUGCAGGCCGUGCACUCAGGUCCUCCUGCUGUAGCGCCAGGGAUACCCUGGGUUUCCCUGGACCCCUGGCACAUUCUGCCAUUUCACCAAAAUAACCACAGACCACCCUGCACCUUCCCCCCUCGGCCGGUUUUUCAGGCAAAUACGCAGAAAGGACCUCAAAAAUAUAGAAACAACAUGACGGGAGCAGCCAAUCCGAAUCAAAAAUCAAAGAAGAAGAAGAAGAAGAAGCAGAAAAUCAAUCAUAAGAAUCGGAUGUGGCAAGAGAAGAUGAGAGUCAAGCUCAUGAACGACACCAAAAAACAAACAAACUUAUGAAGGUGUUGAGAACUCAUCUUAAUAAGUUUAAGAACGUUGUAAAAAGUUUUUGUGUAAGCACAGUCUGUUCAAUUUUCAAAAGCAUUUAACUCUAAUAUUACUGUUGGCGUAUGAACCACAUUUAAAUCACUGUAUGAUGUUCAAGAGUUUAUUUAAGUGUUGUCUUGUUUUAUUAUUUGUUUCUGUAAAGAUUAAAAGAUAAAUCGUUUAUUAC